UGUAGCAGUAGUUUGUAUGCGUUGUAUGCAGGUAGGUAUAUAGGUAUAGAUUAUGUGUAGAGAACCUACAGGACGUUCAGUGCGCAACUAUAAACUCUGGUCUCUGGCGGCGUCAAGUGCACGUAUUCGCACAAUCCUCGAGCGAGCCAGUCGUCGUUAGCGCGUGAGUCGAUCGAGUCUGGUUAAAGCGAGCGUCGGCGCUCAUCGACAUUAUAUCUACGGACUGUUGUGAGAGUUUCGUUUGCGUGUUUGUGCUUCUGUGCAAUUCGAUGUUCUUUGCUGACCGCUGUAUUAUGCAGUACAUCUUACGUGGGUGUGCAGUGAACCUGUGAGCCAGUUCGAAGAGCGAACGCCGCCACCUGCUCCGAGCGCGCUUUCAUCCACAGAUAUAGAUAUAUAAUAUACCUACUAUCGAAUUCGUUUGUGUCGCUCGCCGUUGAAAGACAAGGUGUUGCCGCUGCGCCGCAGUCUCGGUCGCAAAUCGACUGCAACUUUCAUCUGGACAUAGUCGCGCGGCAGCUCUCAGGGCCCGCGACUUUCUAUUCUCUCGUUGGAAAAAAACAGCGCAACGAAGACGCUUUGUCGCAAAAAUGGGCAACAUGUGCAAGGACUGUAUGUCGCGCAUUCCAUAUGCCACCCUGAUUGCAACCAUAAUGUGCUGCAUCGGGGUGGGUGUGUUUUGUGGCACGAUGUACCGCGGCGCAACACUCGUUAGCCUGAUGAUCAGCGAUGUCUUCCACAUAAAACGCUUAUGGCUCGAAGCCAUUAAAAUGAUAUUCGCGGUCAUUGGAGCGAGCAUGGCAGCUUUGGGUUUUAUGAUCCUGUGCGUCGGUUGCUUAGCUACUGGUGCCACAAGGACCAAAGUCUACCGUGCUUGGAGAACUAGAGUUGGUGGAAGGAUUUCUUGCGCUUUUUUCAUGACCAUUACCUACAUCUUGCAAAUCUUCUGGACGCUGAUUUUUGCUUUCCUGGUCAUCGCUACUUUUGUCUUCCACAAUUUCUGUAAAAUGUGCGACAAUCCGCGCGUUAAAACUUUCGACCAAUGUAUUGACUUUACUCAAUUCAAUUUCAUGUUUCCCAAUGGUACUCGGGAAGAAGAUAUGAAGGUCUGUGGUCAGCAAGAGGUCAAACUUUUCUGCAAAGAUUACUCUGAGCCAGCAAUACUCAUGUUCAUUUUAGCGACCAUCGCAACUAUUUUAGUAUUACUCUCGCUAGUUCACUUCUUAAUGUGCUUAUCUGCCAAUUACGCACACAUUCGAGACCAUGAAAAGUUCCAGGAGUUGCAGGAAAUGCAAUAUUUACAAGAAAAUGUAGCACCAGAUUCACCUCAACCGGGAAUGGGCACUCUGCGAGGAAAAGAUAGAUUUUAGGAUACAGCCCGCGAGAUCUUCGUUAUGAACCCCUCGUAAACAAUUUAAAAUUUCAUUAGGACAUCAUUUAAAUCGGCUUUAAUUGUGAUCUGUCAUCAUCCCAUCGUUCUUUAGGACGCUCGCGCGUUCUCCAAGAAGCCGAUGAGUCGACUAUUUCUAGACCUGAGCGAGGACUGACCUUUUUUAUUAAUUAAUUAAUUAAUUAAUCAAGUAAUUAAUUAAUUGAUGAUAAUAAUACAUUUUUCUUUCGUGAUUUAGUGUUAUCGAAUCUCAACCAGCAGGUAAAUAAUUAGUAAAAUAUCACUUUGUCAUUAUCCUGACCUUCACAGCUGUUAAUUAAUACAUCGUAUUGAAAUUGAUUAUUUAUUUUUAAAGAAUAAUUGAAUGCGAAUAUCGAACUGAUGCUCUUUUUAGUUGAUAGCUGUGAAGUUUUUAUCCGUGUAAAAAAAGAACUCUUGAAAAAAAAAUUUAUAAAUCAUUGUUGAAGUAGUUCUAUAAAUUCAUGGUUUACGAAAAGUUAAGUGAUGCGGAGUGAACGUAAAAAUUAACUUGAAAAGAUGCCAAAAAAUGCUCAGAAACGCUCGAGUCCGUUUACGAGGAGAGUUAACUCGCCACUUGGCGAUCGAUCGAUAGUACAACUAUGUACGGCACUCAUAUUGUUAUAUCCUUUUUUAUUUUGU